AUGCCACCGCAUACAUUCCGCAGCCGGACAGUCGGAAGCGAAAGGGGUCAUCCGCAAUUCGCUGAAAACAAUAUUGUUCGCAGACAGCAGUCAACCGGUGUACGGCCAGAGAGUCGCGUGCUCGGCGGGAGUCAGGUUCGGAAGGCAUACAACCACUUUGUCACUGAAGAUUGUUAUCGCCGAUUGAUUUCUCUUUCUAGUUUCGAAUGAAAUUCUUUUUUUUGUACUUGUUGACCUAUCACAGGGUAUAAAUGUGAGUUCAGAACAAUGGUACUAGUAAAUAUGAUAUUACGUUGGCUUCACCCAAGUUGACGAUUCCAACGUUCACAACGCCCAACAAUAACACAUUUUUAAUACCGUGCUUUCUUCAUUGCACCAUCCUCAUGACUAGGUAGCGGUAGAGGGUGCGGUGCGGACCACUUGCAAAAAUCCAUGGUGGCAUACGCGGAGUCAACGGCGACCCGGAACCAGUGAUGGCGUGCGUGCCUCGAUAAGCGCACACUGCGAUCACCCGGCAGAGGUCGUAAUGGAGGGCAAAACAGCGCUGCCCAUCAAAGCGAGGCAAUGAAGCCACUUUUUGUUGUUUUCGUAUGACUGAUUCGUCAUCCAACUACUAGAUUAGUUAGACCGGAGAUGCAAAUUCCCAACAGGUUGAUGGCCAUAGCUGCUGGGCAUAUCACAAUCAUUAUUCGAGGAUAAUCUCCCACAAACACGUACUACUACUGUAGAUCACAACCACUAGAAUCGAACUCAUUAUUUUCCUCAUCUUUAGGUGGGCUGGUGAGACAAAGAAUACAAAGGGGCCGAAGUAUGAGUGUAGAGUAGACGAUCGGCCAAUAGACGACCCAGCUCGAGAAUUCAAACGAGGAGAAUAUUACAACAAAACAAUUGAUCGCUUGCGGUACCACGAAAAACAAUACGACCUCCAUCGUACGAUUAUUACUUGCUAUAAUACGGCGUAUAAAUUGGCCUUGCAAAGAAGGUAGGAGGUGUAUUAACCGUGGUAUUUUGCUUGCACCGACGUAUAUCGUCAUCGCUGUCGCUGACGAAACGGGUCUGUCAUGAUGAUGACAACUUCUGAUUUCAUAUUUUUUCGAGGAUUCAAGUUCAACUUGUAUCAGCCACAGCCUACUUGCUUCCCGACUACUCACAGCAACUCGAGACUUCGGCCACAAUGGGCAUUUUGAGCGCUUCGGAACAAUUUCGAGAGACUACGGAAAGAACGGCUACGAUGCUGCGAAGCUCACGAAUAUUGGUUGCAGUAAAGCCUGGCCAUGGCUCAAGGAGUACCAAUUGCGCGGCCCUCGAGAUCCCGGCCACAUUCAGCCGUUUUUCGGAAGCAGGUGA